AUGACUCGCUUGGAGCCUGAAGAAGUCAUCGACUUUGUGGAUUCGGCUCUGAAUUCUACUCUUCCUGAGCCGAACGAGACGUUCAAGAUUGGAGAUAACGAGUUCCUGCGUCCGAAGGACAUGGACGCUCCUUUGAUCGAUGUGAAGCUCGCUCCUCUGGUCUCUCGCUUUGACGUAAAGAGUUUGAUUCUUCUCUUGAGCGCUCUCAUGUGCGAGAAGCGCAUUAUUUUCAUCGGCGACGAGCUGUCGACUCUCUCAGAGUGCAUCCACGCCGCCGUCGCGAUUCUUUGUCCUUUCUCUUGGCACCACAUCUUCAUCCCCAUCGUUCCCGCCUCGUUGCUCUCCUACGUGACCGCGCCGAUGCCGUUCCUGGUGGGAAUCAAGCGCUCGCUGCAGCCCACGAUGGAGAAGCUGCCGAUGGAGGCGUGCGUGUACGUCGACGUGGACAAGGGCGAGAUCGCCUACAGCGAGAGCGACCCGAUCAUCGAUCUCUACCCGAAGAACACGAUCUCCACGGGCUCCAUGGGAGGCGUGGGCAAGAGCGUGUCGACUGUAAGCGAAGGGGGGCGGUGUGAGCGCUAG